AUGUUCUUUUUUCGUUUUGGUAGAAAACAACGCCGAGAUGAAUUACUUGAAGCACAACAAAGACGUAGUGCUGCUCAAUAUCCAACAACAGGUAAUAUACAUUUGGAACGAAUGGAACGUUGUAAAAAUUGCUGUAAAUCAUUUACAACAUUUAUAUUUUCACGUGUUGGCCUUUGUUUACUUGUUGUGGCAUAUGCAUUUGGUGGUGGUGUUGUAUUUCAAUUUCUUGAAGGAUCUGAAGAAGAUAGUACCAAUAAAGUUCAACAACAUGUAAACGCAACAGUUGAAAAGUUAUUUGAACAUACAAUGAAUUUAACAGUUUUUCAUCAAGAUAAUUGGACAGCUGUAGCAAGAGGAAUACUUGAAGAAUUUCAAAAAGAUAUUGUUCGUCAAACAAAACGUGGUUAUCAAGGUGAACGUCUUACUGAUGAUGCUAAACAAUGGAAUUUUCCAGAAGCUAUUCUUUAUGCAAUCACAGUUAUAACAACAAUUGGUUAUGGACAUAUUACUUGUAAAACGAAUUAUGGAAAAAUAAUGACAAUGAUCUAUGCAAUAUUUGGUAUUCCAUUAAUGUUAUUAUGUUUAGCAAAUAUUGGUUCAACAAUGGCAGAUGCAUUUCGUUUUAUUUAUUGUAAUAUAUGUUGUUCAUAUUGUCAUAUGGUAAAAAAACGUCGUAAUCUUCGAGCUUUACAAUCCGUUGACUUAUCACAUGCAACAUCAUCAUCACUUCCACAAUCUUCAACAACAACAACAUUAACAUCAAAUAAUCUUCAACCACCUCUAAAUACCUUUGAACAACAACCAUCAACAAAUGUUGUUGAAUUUGUUGAUAAUCUUAGUAUUGAUUAUCGUAAAGUUACAAUACCAAUUAGUGUCACACUCUCGUUACUUUCAUCGUAUUUGAUACUCGGUGCAUUACUUUUUAGCGAAUGGGAAAAUUGGAAAUUUUUAGAUGGUGCUUAUUUUUGUUUUGUGACACUUGCAACAAUCGGUUUAGGUGACCUUGUACCAGGUAAAUCAAUAACAUCAACACAAGUUGAAGGUAAACUUAUUAUUUGUGCACUUUAUGUUCUACUUGGUUUAUCAUUAAUGGCAAUGUGUUUUAAUUUAAUGCAAGAAGAAGUACGAGCAAAAUUUCGACGUUUAGGAAAUAAACUUGGAAUUAUUGACGAUCCAAAUUAUUGGUAG